AUGAGCAGCGAUGCUUUAAUACACAUUACUAUAUAUCUUGAAAAUGAGUGUAGUGAGAAUAACAAAGAUAAAUACACACCUUCAUAUGAAGUUUCAGAAGAUAACAGCGAUCAAAUGAUUUUUUCCCAACAUAUUUUUCCCGAAGCAUUCGCAGAUUGGCUCAAGGAUGGUGGACAUAUAAUUGAUGUGUCGCCGUUGGAUAUACGUACUCGCUUAACAGUGCUUAAGCAAUCACAAGGCAUGACGUCGUAUGUGGAAUCUAAAAUAAACAGAAUAGCUGAUUAUAUUGAAAAUAACAUUGAAAAAUAUAUUGGGGUCGUGGUUGUCUUUUAA